ACCAUGCAGCUCCGCACACCAACAUCAUUCAGAGCUGCUCCUCUCAGGCCGCUGGGGGAGCACACUACACGGGACGGCGAAAAAGUCAAAGGGGUUCACUUGGAUACACACGCGGCGGUGUUUUGAUAAAAAUAAAAAAAACACCCAGCUGCACAUUGAAACGAGUUUGAUGUUCGCGAGAAUAAUUUCCCUUUAUAUGGGAUUUGUUUCGAAAAGUACACACGCGCGUAGUUGAAGGAUAUAACUCCAGUAUGCGGCAGUUUUGAAACAAAGGGGUCUGGAGCGCCGUUGUCUCAGAGGAUUGGGGCCCUUUUCUGGAUGGGAAAGAUGGAAUCGGAGGGCCAGUGGUGGAAAAGCCAGCUUGCAGCGGACAUCCAUCAGGCUCUGCGAAUUAAGGAGCUGAAGUUGCCGACAUACCAGGCCCAGUCUCCGCAGAUUGGGAUGCGGCGGUACUUUGCCGACCUGCUCGCUGUUCUCAGUAACCGAUACCAGCUGUGCCCUACAGCACGUCACCUGGCCAUCUACCUGCUCGACCUCUUUAUGGACCACUAUGAUGUAGCGGUGCGGCAGCUGUACGUCAUCGCCCUCUCCUGCCUCCUCCUGGCCAGUAAGUUUGAGGAGAAGGAGGACCGUGUGCCCAAACUGGAGCAGCUGAACACUCUGGGCUUCAUGUGCAGUCUGAACCUCACCCUCAACAAACGUGACCUCAUCAAGAUGGAGCUGCUGCUGCUGGAGACGUUCGGAUGGAACCUGUGCAUGCCCACACCUGCCCAUUUCAUUGACUACUACCUCCAUGCUGCUGUCCAGGAAGGGGACCUGCACAACGGCUGGCCCGUCUCCUCCCUGUCCAAGACCAAAGCCUUCAUGGACAAAUACACGCACUACUUCCUGGAGGUUUCGUUGCAAGAUCAUGCUUUCCUGAGCUUCAGGCCUUCUCAGGUGGCAGCCGCCUGCAUAGCUGCGUCCAGAAUCUGCCUGCAGAUCUCCCCCAGCUGGACCACUGUCCUCCACCUGCUCACGGGCUACUCUUGGGAUCAUCUGACGCAGUGCAUCCAGCUCAUGUUACUUGCUCACGACAACGACGUAAAAGAGGCCAACAAAUCCAAAUCUUCCCCUUCCGUCAGUCAGAGCCUCCAGCCGCAAGCUCACGUCCCCCACAGCCCCGCCACCCCCUCUCUGCAGAGGCAGCCCACCUCCAGCUCCCAGCAGCUGCUCCUCCAGGCCAGCAGCUACCCGCAGCUCUCCCAGCACUCGCCGGCAUUAUCCCAGCUGCACAUGCUGGCCGACUGCCAGGCCCUGGGACCGGUGGGCUCUCGGGAAUAUCUGCAGCCCCACCAGGCCGGUCUGCUUUCGGCCUCAAUGCCGGCCGGCUCGUUCGCAUCUUUCCCAAGCUUGGCGUCGGGGCUGCGAGGCUUGCCCCUCCAGGGUCCCAUCUCCAUGCAGGUGAGCAUGGGGCCCGAGCGCCACUGCCUCGGUCUGACUUACGGGAGCGGCUACUUGAGUUCCCACCACACAUUCACAGCCGGCUGCUUCGACAGGUGACGCCAGGAGAGGGAGGACAAACUCAACCUGGGGCUGCCGCCGUCCUCCGCCCUCUCCGCCGCUCCCGAGGGGCUUCGUCUUGUUCGCAGACGAAGACGUUCCAAACAGAAAUCCAACAGUCGAGUGGAUCCCACUGAGGUCAUAGUAUUAACUUGAGAACUCUUGUUUUUUUAGCUUUGGAUGCUUCCUUUUAGGCUUUUAUGAACUGAGGAUGUCUAUUUUUUUUUAAAUUAUUUAGCCAAGUGAGGACCUUCUUCCAGUGCCACAACAGAUAAACUAGACUCUGGUUCUGUGUCGACCUCAACAAAAGACGAAGGAUGCUCUUAUGACUUGGGGAUCCUUUUUAAAGCACACAGCCUUAAGAAGAGAAAUCGUGGAGAUCCACAUUCCAUCUCACCAGCAUUUUCAAAUGAGUCCUUAAACUUUCACACUGGAUUUACGGUCCUUUGAUGCUGCUGCCUUUUUAUAUGAACUGAUGGCUUUACGACCAAGAAUCCUGUCUCCCUUCUGGUCUUGUUUACAGUGACAUGCCACAUAUCAGGGAUGUACAGACCACUUUAAAACUUACACACAACAUACCAUUGAAACAGCUUAUGUUUGUAUGAAGUAGCUUCUUUUGUUCUUGUCCGUAUUUCUUGUCGAAUCAGUUUUAAACCGAUGCGGUCUUUAGAGAAGGUUGACGUUACGCUGAAGUUCCAGUUCCCUCAGGCAGAUGGAGGGAGACGCCUCAGGGGACGGAGGCAUCUGUGCUCCCCUCAUUUCCAUGCUGGAGGAAGCCAUGCUUUACUGGUUCCUCCUCCUCCCCCCAGGGAAAAAGAGCCAUGAUCGCCAGAACCGCGUUCUGCCGUGUGCUAUGAAGACGACUUCAUUGUGCUGUACCUCUUCCCUUAAGACACUGUGGCUCAUAAAGAUUACCUCACUGUUACACUAUCAUUUACAUUUACCUCCAAGGUCAUGCUAAUAACUAGUUUAACCUCACGGCUCAGGUUAGAAAAGAUGGAUCUGCUGUUACAAUGUGCUUCAGCUGUAGCGUCAACAUUUUAGUCCAGAUGUCUAGUUUCUGUUAAGCAGACUUUAAUAUUCGGUCCAAAAUAUUUUAUUAUUAUUAUUAUUAUUAUUGUAAACUAAAGAUAAGUUUAACCAAACAUGCUACAUUUUUUUUCUUUUUGUUAUUGUCCUUUUUUGUUGUUCAGAAGGUUCUUAGACUACACAAUGAAUUAUAUAUGUUGACUGGCCUUAAGACCAAAGUGUCUGCUUUACGUCCUGCUGAAUGAGAAGCUUUUUCAACCACUUUACUGGACUUUGGAUCAAAAUUGUCCUGAACUUUAAACUACCUCAGUAUAUUGCCAUUUACUUGCUGAUUCUGCAGGGCUCGUCUUUUCGUUUUCUGUUUCUUCUUGAUUGGUCAAAACAUUCAAAUGCUUUUUUUUUUUUUUUACCCAGAACUUAGGCUUUUUUGUGUUGAAGUCCCGUAUUUUGUGUAGGUAGAGAACUGUGUUCACUGUAACAGACACGCACUGUUUGAUAUUUCAAGUCAUUCUCUUGUUGAAGCCUCUGUGUGUGCAAUAUGUAACCAUUAGUUUGUUACUUUUUAGACUGUAUAUUUUUUUUGUACCACCUACUUUUUUACAAUGUAGAAUUAGUUUUUCGUUGGUUUGGUUUGUUUUAGCACGCUAUUACUGCUUACAUGCAGUGAUUUAUUUUUCCAUCAAGAAAAUGUUGCACAUUGCAACCAAUGUCUCCUGAAUCUCUAGACAUGUAGUAGACUAGAGAACGUUGAUUCUGCUCAUUCAGUGAUCUAAUGGGUUUAUUUAAAAGCCUGUAUUUGGGUAGGGAAGGGGACAACAGGUGUAAAUUGGAUGAAAACCCCAGAAAUAAAAUGGAAAAAAA